AUGAGCGUGCCGCGAGCCGCCUGGGCCGAGGGCGGCCGGGAGCUGGCGGCGGUGGAGCCCGCGCUGCUGGCACCGGAAUCGGGCGGCUGCGGCUUUGCCCCCGGCUGGCUGGGAGUAUGCUGCGCCGCCCGCCUGCCUGCCGCUUCGCCUCGCUACCUGCUGCCUGGGGAUGAGGAGGAGGAGGAGGCGGCAGCGCCGCCGGUGCAUGGGAGCGCGGCGCAGGGCGGCGGGAGUAGCCCCAGUGGGGCGCAGAGGGGCACGGUGGGAGGCGGGCGGCCGCGGGGCGGCGGCGGAUCCGGACUGCGGGCGCAGGUGAGCGGCGUGCAGAAGCAGCGGCGGCUGGCUGCCAACGCGCGGGAGCGGCGGCGAAUGCACGGGCUGAACCACGCCUUCGACCAGUUGCGCAAUGUCAUUCCCUCUUUCAACAACGACAAGAAGCUCUCGAAGUACGAGACGCUGCAGAUGGCGCAGAUCUACAUCAGCGCCCUGGCCGAGCUGCUGCACAGCCCCGCCGCGCCCCCCGACACCCCGGGCAAGGCCGAGCUCCGCGGGGUUCCUUUCGAGCCACCCUGCGCCGCCGGGACAGGGCCGCCGCCGGGACCGCCGGCGCCGCCGCCGCCGAGAUCCUCCCCCCCCGGGCAUGGCAGGACUCGCUUUCCCCCGCCGCCGGCCGCGGGGGGCUAUUCGGUGCAACUCGACCCGCUGCACUUCUCCUCCUUUGCGGAGGGCGCCCUGAUGGGACAGAGAGCUCCUUCCCCUGCCCUCCUCAUGUCGCAGCCUGGGCAGCCGCCGCAGGAGCGGAGAAAAACGUCGCCCCGGUCCCACAGGAGCGACGGGGAGUUCUCGCCCCGCUCCCACUACAGCGACUCGGACGAGGCCACUUAG